AUGGCUGGCCUGGGUCCGCGGGUGCUGCAGGUGCUCGAGUUCGCCAACGCGCGCGCGCCGGAGCUGCAGGCGCUGCACGAACUGUCGCAGCAUGCGUCCGUGUCCUGUGCAGCCGAUGGCAAGCUGGAGGCGCAGAAGAACCAGCGGCGGCGACGCGCCAACGCGUUCAAGUCGCACAAGAUGCCGCAGCGGCUGCGCGGCGCCCCCAAGUCCAAGCCCAGCGACUCCGUACGGUGCAGGAAGCACGAGCGUCGGCCGCACAAGCUGCUGCAAGAGCGCACAAGUGUUGCAGAUUGCGAGCGGCCGCUGUGGCUGCCGUCGCACCUGUGGCACGCCAAGCGCAUGACCAUGGGGGAGCAAUAUGGCUACAUUCUGGCACAGCACCGCGCGGACAAGAGCGUGUCCGCCGCGCUUCAAGCUGCGAGAAGCAAGGCCGCGCUGCACGACUCCAGCUACUACGGACUUAUCGAGCUCUUCGGCCUGCCCCAGGUCAUCCUGGAGGCUCUGCAGCUGGUGUCGGACCCGAAUGGCUCGGACUUCCACGGUCUCAGGUUCCUGGCUGGGGCGGAGGAAGGACGCAGUAUGUUGUACCACGAAGGGCAGUUCCCGCAGGGUUCGAUCGCACCGGUGACGUUCAUGUGGAGGCCGCUGAAGAAGGACUACGAGAACGGGGAGUUCAAGCUGCACGACGACUGGCAGAACACCAAGAGGCAGCUGUGGCUCUGGGUGCACCCCGCGGCGUACAUGGAGGCCGCGACGGCGAUCGCGUCGGCGUGCCAGGCGGUGGUUGGGGAGGAUGAAAAGGGCAUCGAGAUGCACGACCGACGUGGACAGCUGUGCAGGUUGAAGCUGCGUGGCAGGAUGGCGGACGAAUUGGUAGCGGGGCUUGCAGGUGGUGAUGAAGUGGGUGCUGGUGCGGACCAGAGUACGCAGGAGGAGGAGCAUUCGGACCAUGAAGAUGGAUUUGAUGAGGAGGCCACGGGUGCGAAUUGCCGGAAUGGCAACCGACAGAACUUGUUGCGUGCUCUCCGCAAGUCAAGCAAGAAGACAGAGGCGGAAGAGCAGAAGGACAGCAUUUACGCCGUUGCUGUGAACGACCCGCGCCUUGCGAGGUCUCGUUUGGAGACGGGGCUUUCACUCUUGAACGAACCGCCUGCUGACGCUGUUCCGGAGGUUGGCACGAGUGUGAUUGAGAGUCCGUUGUCGGGGUUGAGUUUGUCGUCGCUGGGUAAAGAUGCCGAGGAGCCGGAGUCGAAGAUGAUUCUCAAGGAAAUGCAGGCAUUGCUCGCCUGGACGACCAGCGGAUCGUCUGGUAGUCCAAACUACCCGAACGCAGUCGCAGCGGCUGAUCAAACUGGUGGCGAUGCAGAAGAGGACGAAAACGCUAUGGAAGUGCAAGCAACUCCCAGCUCACUGCUGUGGUCGUUUUCUAAGAGGCGUAACAUUGAGAGUAGAUUUGUGAAGGAUCACACGUUUAACGACGAGGUAUUCCGCCAGCGUAAGGAGGGUCUGAUCCUCGACGGCGCUGAUGGAGUGCCUGCGGAAUCGCAGCCUCUUCAUCUGCUGAUUAUCAAGAAGCGGGAGCCGUAUCCGCAUACCAGCGGUUGGGAUAUCAUCUGCCCACCAUCGAGCGUGCCCGGUUUGUUGAAGGCAUUGGUAUUUGGUGGUGCGCUCGUUGUGGGGCUAGAGGAAGACGCUACUUUGUCUACGGUGCUGCACCAACCAAGCUUUCCUGCGGACUACCCGGACACGCAAGCAGGACAGGCAUAUUGGGAGGCGCGCGCGUUCGACCUGGAAAGCGAGCAAGCCAAGAAACCCAAAUCGAAGCGCUUCAAUUAUGAGAAGCGGGGCGUCGCGUCGCCAUUCCGACCACGGUGGGGGUUACUAUUUGACGGUCAGAACGCGGAAGGUGAUGUGGAAGAUGAGAGUGCCCAGGUACCUUGCGUUCUCCGCGGGGAAAGCUACAUGGAGCCCUUUUGCUUCUACAAAGCGAAAGCCACCGCGACCAAGGAUGACGAGACAAUGUCUUCGCCAGCACCUGAGAGUGAUGCGAUCGUCCCAGUACCGAUGCCUACUCUUGUCCGCGUUAUUGUCGUCGUGCCGAGGCGAGGCAACAUUGAUGUGAACGCCAUG